GCGCAUGUGGGUAUACUUACUUGCGCGCGAACAGCUGGCUGAGCGGGACCCCCACAGGGUUGCUAGGAAGAUGCACAAGCACAGUGAAGAGUACGACGGCCUGCUCAACUCAAGCUUAACUCGGAGCUCACUUGAGUUCGAGGACAGUGAGUGCAAAGGUUCGCAGACGAUCACAGGGGCGUACAAGAGCAGCUCGAGGCCUGUGCGGCGCCCGCUCUUGCCAUACGUUAUUGCCUGCCUUGUAUUCGUCGCGCUCACCGACAUCGUCUUCCUCGCCUACAUUUCCCGUGUCUUCACGACCGAGUAUUUGGACGACGCUGACCUACCCCUCGCUUACCCAUAUAUCGGCCUCAAGGAGCUAUACGACUUCGGCCACGUCGAGCCCCCGCGCUUCGCGCCGCUUCUCAACAAGCCACGUGUCGUGACCCAAGUGUUCCGCGACGAGCCCGAAAGACCAGGAGGCAGGGGCGAGCACCAGAUAUGGGACGUGGAAAUGGGGCAGAUAUUUCCCCCCUUUGACAAACAUCUGCUAGUCAACGACAAGACACGCACAAUCAUACAGUUCCGCGCGAUGGACUUUGGAAUGGAGGAGUGCUCGCUCGCAUUCCGCUUCCCAGGCACCCAGGACCUCUUCGAGGGCAAGGAUCUGCCUGCCGUCAGCAGUGCGACAAUACAGCUACAAAUAUGCCCCCUCGAUGUUCCGCGCUUCCUCGACGUACGGGCCGUUUCAUGGGCCUCGCGCCCGCAGUGUGCGGGUCCGCCGACAAUGUUCACUGCGGCGGUCGGCGCGGAGCACGAGGUGCCAGUACCGCGCUUCCCGUGCGCAUGGGGGACGUAUCACUCGUUCGAGGUGGCGUGCACAGACGAAGAUGGUAGCGGGCGCGAAGACGCGUGUGCAGUUGAUGUGUGGUCGAGUCACAACCAAACCUGGGGGUUGUAUAUGUAUCAGCACCAGACCAUCUAGGAUGCACGACGAACUCCGUCCCCGCAUGGGUCGAAUAGUCGGAAUAAAUGUAUGUUAGCCACUUCCAUAAAAUGGUGCCCCAUUAGCCUACGAACGGUUGCGAUCUCAAGAACCCCAUAUGAUGACCAUGUACUCAAUUCAAUAAACGGAAAGUUACGUCUAGCGUUUAUUUCUGGAGCGACACUUCUUCUCAGGCCGCGGAGGUAGUUGGGCUAAUUGAUGGGCUGCAGGAAUUAUGUCGCUUGAGGAUGCGGGC